CUGCAGUUCUUUCAAUCCAACAUUUGUUGUCAUCUAGAAAUAGAUGAUGGAUUUAAGAUAUGCUCAUCUAAUUUCUACUUCUUCCUCUUCCAGGGACAGAAAUCUUGGAUAGAGAAGACCUUUUCCAAAAGAGAAUGCAUCUACACAAUUGCCAGCAGUAAAGACCCAAACAGGUGUUGCUGUGGCCUGCUUAUUUCCCAACAUAUUCCACCUCUUCCAAGUACCACCCCCAACAAAAAUGUGGAGGAAAAUAAACAAAUGGAGGCACAGCCAGAGAAAUGGUCUGUCAAUAAACAUACCCAAGUCUAUCCCACAGAUUCCUAUGGAAUGCUGGAAUUUCAGGGUGGUGGACAUUCAAACAAAGCCAUGUAUAUCCGUGUGUCAUAUGACACCAAACCAGACUCACUGCUUCAUCUUAUGGUGAAAGACUGGCAACUGGAACUUCCCAAACUCUUAAUCUCUGUUCAUGGGGGACUCCAGAACUUUGAGAUGCAGCCCAAACUGAAGCAGGUAUUUGGAAAAGGGUUAAUCAAAGCUGCCAUGACAACAGGAGCCUGGAUUUUCACAGGAGGAGUCAGUACUGGUGUCAUUAGCCAUGUAGGCGAUGCCUUGAAAGAUCAUUCUUCAAAGUCCAGGGGCAGGAUUUGUGCCAUAGGAAUUGCUCCAUGGGGCAUUGUAGAAAAUAAGGAAGACCUCAUUGGAAAGGAUGUGUCAAGGGUUUAUCAAACCAUGUCAAAUCCUUUAAGUAAACUUUCUGUGCUCAACAACUCUCAUACUCACUUCAUCUUGGCGGAUAAUGGCACGCUUGGUAAAUAUGGAGCAGAAGUAAAGCUCCGGCGGCAAUUGGAAAAACAUAUCUCUUUACAAAAGAUUAACACACGACUAGGACAAGGUGUUCCUGUCGUUGGCCUUAUUGUUGAAGGGGGUCCCAACGUGAUCUCCAUUGUCCUGGAAUGUCUUCGGGAAGAUCCCCCUAUUCCUGUUGUGAUCUGUGAUGGCAGCGGACGAGCAUCAGACAUUUUGUCUUUUGCACACAAGUACUGUGAAGGAGGAGGGAUAAUAAGUGACCCACUCAAGGAUCAGCUUCUAGUUACCAUUCAGAAAACAUUUAACUACAAUAAGAUUCAAUCCCAUCAGCUGUUUGUAAUUAUCAUGGAGUGCAUGAAAAAGAAAGAACUUGUCACUGUGUUCCGAAUGGGUUCAGAAGGCCAACAGGAUAUUGAAAUGGCAAUUUUAACUGCUCUGCUAAAGGGUACAAAUGCAUCAGCUCCUGAUCAACUGAGUUUAGCUCUGGCCUGGAACCGUGUUGAUAUUGCACGAAGUCAAAUCUUUGUCUUUGGACCCCACUGGCCACCUUUAGAAAGCCUGGCAUGUCCUGAAAAUAAAAUACCAGAAAAGGAAAAAAAAUCUCCAGCUGCUGCACCAACCAAAGGAGGAAGGGGAAAAGGAAAAGGCAAAAAAAAAGGAAAAGUCAAAGAAGAAGUAGAAGAAGAAACUGAUCCAAGAAAGAUUGAGCUUCUUAAUUGGGUGAAUUCCCUAGAGCAAGCUAUGCUGGAUGCUUUGGUCUUAGAUCGGGUUGACUUUGUGAAACUUCUUAUUGAAAAUGGAGUCAACAUGCAACAUUUUCUCACUAUUCCACGACUAGAAGAACUUUAUAAUACAAUUUUUAUUCUCACCAUUAUCACGGUUGACUAUAGCAGUACAUAGAGGCUGGGCCCACCAAACACACUUCAUUUGCUUGUGAGAGAUGUAAAAAAGGGAAACCUUCCACCAGACUAUCACAUUAGCCUGAUAGAUAUAGGUCUUGUACUUGAGUAUCUCAUGGGUGGGGCCUACCGCUGCAACUACACUCGGAAGAGUUUUCGGACCCUAUACAACAACUUAUUUGGACCAAAGAGGCCUAAGGCUCUUAAACUUCUAGGGAUGGAGGAUGAUGAGCCACCUACCAAAGGGAAAAAGAAGAAGAAAAAGAAAAAGGAAGAGGAGAUAGAUAUUGAUGUGGAUGACCCUGCAGUCAGCCGUUUCCAAUACCCUUUCCAUGAGCUGAUGGUGUGGGCUGUAUUGAUGAAACGGCAAAAGAUGGCUAUAUUCUUAUGGCAGAGAGGGGAAGAGUCCAUGGCCAAGGCCCUAGUGGCAUGUAAACUCUAUAAAUCCAUGGCCCAUGAAUCAUCAGAGAGUGAGCUGGUCGAUGAUAUUUCUCAAGAUUUGGACAACAAUUCAAAAGACUUUGGGCAGCUGGCUGUUGAGCUAUUGGACCAGUCCUAUAAGCAUGAUGAACAGAUUGCCAUGAAACUCCUGACCUAUGAGCUAAAAAAUUGGAGCAACUCCACCUGCCUGAAAUUGGCUGUGGCAGCUAAACACAGAGACUUCAUUGCCCACACCUGUAGUCAAAUGCUAUUAACAGAUAUGUGGAUGGGACGGCUCCGAAUGAGGAAAAACCCAGGUCUUAAGGUUAUAAUGGGGAUUCUUUUCCCCCCUACAAUUUUGUUCUUGGAAUUUCGUACCUAUGAUGACUUUUCAUAUCAAACAUCAAAGGAAAAUGAAGAUGGCAAAGAAAAAGAAGAUGAGAAUAUGGAUGCAAAUGCUGAUGCUAGCUCAAGAAAAGGGGAUGAGGAGAAUGGAAACAAAAAGCAAAGGAGUAUUCCUAUUGGAACCAAGAUUUGUGAAUUCUAUAAUGCUCCUAUUGUCAAAUUCUGGUUUUACACAAUAUCAUAUCUAGCCUACUUACUGCUGUUUAAUUAUAUCAUUUUGGUGAGGAUGGAACGAUGGCCCUCUCUCCAGGAAUGGAUUGUUAUCUCCUACAUUGUGACCCUCGCAUUAGAGAAAAUAAGAGAGAUACUGAUGUCAGAACCAGGCAAACUCAGUCAGAAAGUGAAAGUCUGGCUUCAGGAAUACUGGAAUAUCACUGACCUUGUGGCCAUCUCAGUGUUCAUGAUUGGGGCAGUUCUUCGCCUUCAGAAUCAGCCAUACAUGGGCUAUGGAAGAGUAAUAUACUGUGUGGAUAUCAUUUUCUGGUAUAUCAGAGUCCUGGAUAUCUUUGGUGUGAACAAGUACUUAGGGCCCUAUGUCAUGAUGAUUGGAAAGAUGAUGAUUGACAUGCUCUAUUUUGUGGUCAUCAUGCUGGUUGUCCUGAUGAGCUUUGGAGUGGCCCGACAAGCCAUUUUACACCCAGAUGAAGAACCUUCUUGGAGACUAGCUCGUAACAUCUUCUAUAUGCCCUAUUGGAUGAUCUAUGGAGAAGUGUUUGCAGACCAGAUAGACCGUAAGAGUAGAAUUCAUACUCCAUGUGGAGAAAACCUGUUUGAUGAAGAUGGCAAAAGACUUCCUCCUUGCAUUCCUGGGGCCUGGCUCACCCCUGCUAUCAUGGCUUGUUAUCUCUUGGUAGCUAAUAUUCUGUUGGUCAAUCUGUUGAUAGCUGUUUUCAAUAAUACCUUCUUUGAAGUAAAGUCAAUAUCCAAUCAAGUUUGGAAAUUUCAGAGAUAUCAGCUGAUCAUGACAUUUCAUGACAGGCCAGUCUUACCUCCACCUAUGAUCAUCUUGAGCCACCUCUACAUAAUCAUCAUGCGCCUCAGUGGCAGAUGUAGAAAAAAGAGCAAAGGGGACCAAGAUGAACGGGAUCGGGGAUUAAAAUUAUUUCUAAAUGAUGAAGAACUUAAGAAGCUGCAUGAAUUUGAGGAACAAUGUGUGGAAGAAUACUUUCAAGAAAAAGAGGAUGAGCAGCAGUCAUCCAAUGAUGAGAGGAUCCGAGUUACAUCUGAAAGAGUUGAAAAUAUGUCAAUGAGGUUAGAAGAAGUAAAUGAAAGAGAACACUUUAUGAAAGCUUCACUACAAACAGUAGACCUUCGACUCUCUCAGCUAGAAGACUUAUCAAGUAGAAUGGUAAAUGCUCUUGAAAAACUUGCAGGAAUUGAUAAAUCUGAACUGGUACCAACACGAUCCAGGGCAUCUUCAGAAUGUGAUAUAACUUUUCUCCUUAGACAAAGUAGUAUCAACAGUUCUGAUGGUUAUAGCAUGUAUCGAUAUCAUUUCAAUGGAGAAGAGUUAGUUUAUGAGGAUAGUGUCAUUCCUCUGUCACCUGGGCCUGGAUUGCAUAAAAAAACUUGUUCAUUUCGUAUAAAGGAUGAGAAGGAUGGUCAUGAAACAAGGACGCAUCUGGUACCAGAACGUCAGGGAAGCCUUUGUAUGAUAUCCAACACAAAUACAUCAACAACACAAGAUUGCUGUAAAAUCACAUUAGACAAUGUACAGGAUGUUUUGCCAAAACCUGCUCCAAAUAUUGGUAUUUCAACAGAAGAUGAAAAGCAGGAAAAUUCAAAAAAUGAUGAAACUGUUUCCCAAGGCUUAAAUCAAACAGAUGUUAUAAAUGAACAGGCCAGAUCAGAUUUUCAGAAUACUCAGUUAAAAGUAGAAAGGACAAAGUUAGAAGGAGCUAUUUCUUACCCAUUAGAAAAAACAAAAAUAACACGUUAUUACCCUGAUAAAACUUUAAAGACAACUACGAAGUCUAGAAGCUUUGUGUUUUUGCAUGAAAGAAAGUUAACUGGUGGAGUUAACAACUGGAGCACCAACUAUAGUUCAAUAAUGGACCAAGUGUGCCCCAUGACAGUUGAACAGUGGACUACAGAAUGGAAAUAUCAAGUUGAAAGGAAAAUUUCACGAUCUCAUAGUACAGAUUUCCCUUUAACUGUAUCUGAAACUGCAAUGCAAGCAGAGCAGAAAGAGCAUUUAACAGACAAAGAAGAUAAAAAUGAUGUUAAAGAAGCAGUUUCCAAAGCUUCUCAUAGUUCUCUAGCUAUCAUUGGCAGAACUUCAACUACAACAGAAACAUUAUUGUCUGUGAAACCAGAUCAAACUUGGGGAUUCCCUUCUGUCCGGUCAAAAAGUUUACACACUCAUUCUGGGACUACCAAGUCCAUUCAGAAAAAACUGGAUCGACCUGGGCAUGCCAGCAGUGUAACUAACCUAGUAGUGUCUGGAAGUACUGCAGAAACACAGGAUGCUAAACAAGAGAAAGCCUCCACAGAAACUGAAUGUUAAAAGCAUUAAGGGAAAAAAAAAAAGACAGGUGCUAUCUUGAUUAGUUAAGACAAAGGAUUUAACAUAGCUUUCUAAAAAUUUGUUCAUAAUUUGGGGG